GUCAUUUCGAACUGACUAAGCAACUUUUUUUACGGAAUUACAAGAUUGGAAAAUUUGGAAACACUUGAAAACAGGCCGAGUUUUUAUGGUUUAUUUUGUUGGAUGACAUUUUUAGAUUCUCUACCGAUCCUCCAUCCUCGUCCGACCGAAAAUGGGUGACAAAAGUCGAAUGAUGGAAGAGUACUUGCGCGCUAAGGAGCGGAGCGAGAACCAGGAACAGCAGCGGCGCGACAACAUACGAAACGCUCUCUGGGACGACGAAAGGGGUGCAAAUCAAGAUUCUUCCACGGAACCGCAUGCUGCAGGAAGUGGUGUGGACGCGGAGGGACGCAUUCCCACAGCAGAGGAAAUCGCUCAACAGGCGGCUGAUGACGCUCUCAUGCAGAAACUGUUGCAGUGUAAACUGCUGGUCGUGGAUCCAAAAAUGCUCCGCGUGAAUGAAGAAACGAAUAAAUUAUGGCAUACCAAGUCCAGUUGGCAAGAACUUCACGUGCCGGCUACGAUUGUCCGAGGCUUGCUCCUAAGUGGUUUUGAUACUCCAUCUCUGAUCCAGUCAGUCGCGUUGGAUAUUUUGUUUAGAAAUCGAAACUUAAUUGCGCAAUCCCAAAGUGGCACCGGAAAAACUGUUGCAUUUGUUAUCGGCUUGUUACACAAAAUCAACCCCAGCGACCAGUUUCCUCAAGCGGUUGUGUUGGAACCUACUUUUGAAUUAGCGCUACAGACUGCCAAUGUUAUUCGAAAGAUUGUAUCGAAAGCAAUCAGUGUGUCCAUUAUUGAAGCCGUCCGCGGAGCCAGGCGCUUGGAACGCGGUGAAACUGUUUCGGAACAGAUAAUCGUGGGCACCCCUGGAACAGUGCUCGACUGGGUGACUCGAUUCAAAGUCUUCGAUCCUAAAAAGAUCAGAUUCUUCGUGCUGGAUGAAGCGGAUGUGAUGAUUGCGCAACAAGGGCAUCAGGAUCAGUCCGUGCGAAUAUACAAAAUGAUGGACCAAGCCGCGGUGCAGACGGCAUUAUUCUCCGCUACCUAUGAUCCUCAAGUAAUGGAUUUCGCCAAGAAAAUUGUCCGUGAUCCCGAACUGAUUACCGUGAAAACUGAGGAUCUCAGCCUGGAGAACAUUCACCAGUAUUAUAUGAAACUCGGAUCGGAUGAUGAGAAGAUCAAAGCACUACGCAGUCUGUAUGGGGUAGUGACCGUGGAUAAUGCUAUGGUAUUUUGCCGGAGCCGAGAAAUGGCGCAUCGCAUUUACGACGCGCUGAAGCCCGAUGGGCAUCCCAUUGGUAUCUUAUCGGGCGAUAUGGAUGUCCAGGCGCGCGCCACCGCCAUUGAGCACUUUCGGGAAGGUCGAGACCGGUUGCUGAUUACGACGAAUGUUUCCGCUCGCGGCAUUGACGUCAUGUCGGUCAACUUGGUUGUAAAUUUCGAUCUGCCUUUGACAUUCGAUCAUAAACCAGAUUACGAGACGUACAUUCACCGCAUCGGGCGGACCGGUCGUUUUGGGCGAGGCGGUUUGGCGAUUAAUUUUGUGAAGGGUGAAAAAGACAUGGGUGUUCUGAACGCCUUCGAAAAGUAUUUCCAGCGGCAGAUUAAGUCUCUGGAUUAUCAGGACAUCGAUCAGCUGGAACAACUGAAUGACACGCAGACGGAAGGAGCCAGCUCUUAAAAUCCCUUGAUCUGAAAUGGCAGUGUUAUCCUUAAAGUCGAAUAAAGAUUCCCCUUCUAUAUAAGCGAAAAUUUCUUGUAGUGCAUUUGUUCGCAACCGAGAUGCUGCUGAAGGCUUUUCGGUAAACUAACAGUGAUAAAAAGAUUGCUUUAAAGUAUGCUUAAUUGAUGUUGUUAUCCAUUACUUUGUUAUUUUCUAAACCAUUAAGAAUUAUUAGUUGCUGGUCUGGUUAUCGGAACAAGAAUAAGCAAACAUCAUGUUUCGACAAAAUUUUUAAAUGCGGCUUUGAGCGAGUAUGCUUUCUUGGUCAACGUCGAUGUGCUUCUGCAGGGUAACUAAACGAUAUUAUUAA